AUGCCCGACCCUCAGAAAAUUAGUGAAAAAGGUGGUUGGCUUUGGGUGGGAAGAAUUAAAGAUUUAGUAGUUAUUGUGCGAAGAAAUCAGAAUCCUAAGAUUAAUAUAGACAGAAGAUUUGGAUUUUGCAGCGAGGACGAAAGAAGCGACCGAGCUCAAAGAUUUCGCAAGGAAGGGGACGUGAAUUUUGGAAAUAGUUCAGGAGGUUCAGGCGGAAGCGCGGUUUACUUGGCUUUAUUAAGUGCUCUUUAUAAAAAACCUAUUUCUAGCCAGGUCGCGGCUACUGGCACAUUAAUAAUGUCGGAGCAGAAAGGAAUGAUUAAUGGUCAAGAAAUUAUUUUAGCACCAGGAACUAAUUUGCCGAUUGCUGGUCUUAAAGAAAAAGUUGUUGCUUGCGUUGAAAAAGGAAUUGAUAGGGUAGUGCUUUCCAAAUAUCAGUCCCCACCUAAUCUUUUAGUCAAAAAGGACGAAUAUAAUCCUUCAAAGGAGUUAACAUUUGAGAAUUAUCAAGCCGUAGUUCCACCCGAAAUUAAGGAUAAAAUAACUGCUCAUUGA